UGUCAAAAACGCAAAGUUUUCCGAUUUCGCGUCUAAACAAUUUCUUGUUUUCACUUUGUUUUCUUGAAGAUUUAUGUGAAAAUGUAAUGAAUAUUGACAACAACUGAAACUUACACUGCCACAUAAUGACGCUGGGUCGCAAACACACCCAAUCUUCCGGGAAUGCUGGGGACAUCAGGAAGGUCUAUGCUAGCCAUUCGAAGGUCGGCAGUCUCUCAACCUGCUCGUCUUCGAUAUCCCUAAAUGACAUGAUCGAGCCUCCGGACUGGGAGGAGGUGUCGGAGCGGCUGAUGGGAGAGAAUGACCCGCUGGCGUACCCACCUGAUGAUGUCAACCUGGUGACGGUUCCCAAGAAGAUACGGACUGUAGAGCAUGUGCUGCCUGAUGAGGAUCUGUCCAAAGCCUCGAUGUUCGUCCGCGACUGCAUCCGCACCUACACGUCCAACUACUCCGUGGUCGAGUACGCGUACCGCUGCUACUCGGGCUCCGUGAUUGGUCGCGAGCGGCUGCUGGAGCGGCUGGAGCGUGUGGGGGCCGCGCCGCCGCAGCAGUAUGAAGUGGAUAUGGAGCCGCAGCAGUUGCAGGACUUACAGACCGAAUCCCAAUCCCAACCAUCCAGCGGGCGUCAAUCAGUCGCCUCCAUGUCCUCAUCCUCAUCAUGCAACGAGACGCUCACUCCGCGCGGUUCCUGGGCCAGUCUCGACCUCCGCAGCUCCUCCUCCGACCCGCUACUACCGGACCUCUUUGACAAGAAGCCCAUAGAGCAGAUAGACGCCAUCAACGAGGCGAGACGCAUGGAGAAUAGGCAGGCGGAUUUAAUGGGGUUAUACUCGUCGUAUCUUGAUGAUGAAGAUGCGGUGGAGAGGAGGAUGCCGGCGGAGAUGCCGUGUGAAGUCAUGGGGCACAGGAUCAUGGUGGUGUGCCAUCAGUUGAAACUAGAGCUGGACAUCGAGCCUAUAUUUCUGUCCAUGGCUUUAUACGACGCGAAGGAGAAGAAGAAGCUGACGGAGAACUUCCACUUCAACCUGAACUCGGAGUGCACGCGGCAGAUGUUGGCAGCUCAUGUGCCAACUGCUGCACUGUCUACGCUUAGCAGGAGCUGUAUCUUCGACCUGCUGAACCCAUCAGCCGACGUGUUCCUCGUCAUCCGCAUGGAGAAGGUGCUUCAGGGAGAUGUCAACGAAUGCGUGGAGCCCUAUAUGAAGGAGGACAAGAACCGCGAGAAAGUCCGCGCGAGCGCGCAAGCGGCGUGCAACCGGCUCGGCAAGUUCCGCAUGCCGUUCGCCUGGACAGCUGUCUCGCUCUCGCACAUCGUGAGCGGGUCUAACAGCCUCGAGCGAGAGGGAGACAAGGACAACGUGUCGGUGUCGUCGCAGGGUAGUAAUAGCUUGGACCGCAAAGCCUCCUCAAGCAGCCUAGAACAGCUACGGCGGCGCGCCAACGAAGCCGGCGGCUCGCUCACCCGCAAGGGAUCCGUGGAGCGCCGCGCCGAGCCGCCGCCGUCCAUGUCCACCUUUAAACGAACUACUAUUAGCCUUACUAGUCUGUUUAAACAGGAAACCGACAAGCUCCGAGACGAAGACCUCUACAAGUACUUGGCUGAGAUCAAGCGGCCGAGCGCCGCGCCGCGCAAGCUGAAGUGUAUACCUGGCACGUUGAAGAUAGAAGUCAUGCCCUGUCCUGAUGAGAUCAUGAAUGGAUUGACGCCUGAACUGGCGAAAUUGCAUCCUUAUGGAGACGACAACGUCCGUCCGUGCAAGGAGAUUAUCUCGUUCCCGCUGCAGCCGCCGCCGGUACCGCACUAUCAGUACAGAAACUUACUGUACGUGUACCCGAAAGAGAUCUUCUUAGCUGCCUUCCCGUCUAGAGCCAGGAAUAUUACCGUCCGUAUACAACUGCUAUCAGGCGAGAACCAAGAGGACGCGCUGCCCGCCAUCUUCGGACGAAGCUCCUGUCCAGAGUUCAGCACCGAGGCCUAUACCACCGUGCUGUAUCAUAACAAAAACCCGUCCCUCUACGACGAGAUCAAGCUCAAACUACCCGCCGAUCUAGGCGACCAGCACCACCUGUUGUUCACGUUCCUGCACGUGUCGUGCCAGCGCAAGCCCGUGCCGCAGGGGCAGGAGAAGGACCUCACCACCGUGCUGGGCUACUCGUGGAUCCCGCUCUGCCGCAACGGCAAACUAACCUGCGGCGAGUUCUCCCUGCCCGUUUUACUGGAGCCCCCGCCGCGGCACUACUCGUACAUCUCGCCCGACGUGCAACUGCCCGGCACGCGCUGGCUCGACAACCACAAGCCCGUGCUGCUCGUGACCCUGCACCCGCUGUCUACUGUGCACCCGCUGGACAGCAGUAUCGAGCGGUUCGCGAUCGCGUGCGAAGCGAUACAGGAGGGGAAUAUACCGUCGCGGAUCGGACUCACCAACAUGGAGGCCGAGCUGAGAGCCAGCAUAGCAGAACUCCCGACAGCCAACGUACAAACCCUCGCCCGCUACAGCAGCGUGCUGCUGGACAAGCUGGUGGCGCUGCUGGUGACGUCACCCGCGCUGGCCGGCGCGCCGCUCAACAUAGCGCAGGACGCCUUCACGUGCCUCGCGCAGCUCUUCACUGACAUCACUAACAUGAACGAAGGCGCGACAUGUGACGCGCACAACCGCUCGUCCAUCCUGAGCACGUACAUCCAGUACCAGUGCCAGAUCCCGCGCCCCGCGCUCACCGACCAGGACGUGGGGCUGCCGCUGCCGCCUACUGUGCUGGUGGACGGGUCCUGCAAGGUGCUGCACGAGGAGCUGGCGCUGCAGUGGGUGGUGGCCAGCGGCGCCACGCGCGACCUGGCCAUGCACAACUCAUGGGCAUUCUUCGAGCUGAUGAUCAAAUCCAUGGUGGAAUACCUGUCGUGGUCGGGCGCGCGCGCGGCGGCCCGCAAGGCGCGCUUCCCGGACCACUACACCGAUGACGUCACCACGCUCGUCAACAACGUCACCGCCGAGAUCAUCGCCAAAUACGAAAAGAACAGCCGCCUAACCCAAAGCCUGAACAACAGCCUGGCCUUCUUCCUCUUCGACUUGCUCAGCAUAGCCGACCGGGGCUGGGUGCUGGCCCUGACCCGCGGCUACUGCAAGCAGGUGGCCGCCAAGAUCGCCUCGCUGCCCGACGCCGUCGUGCUCGUGCAUUACAAGCUAAACUUCAUGCGCAUAAUCUGCUCGCACGAGCACUUGGUCCCGCUGAGCCUGCCGCCCGCCCCGCGCUCCCGCCCGCCCUCGCCGCUCUCCUCGCGCGUGUCGGCCUCGUCGUGCGCCGCGCCCGCCCUCAGCGCCGCCUUCCGCGCCGCGCACUACCUGCCCGCCGCCUUGUUGAGCGAUGUGGCUGCUGCGCUGGAUCUGCCAAGCCCAGUGCUCCAGAACGCGGCAGUCAGCUCUAUCCUCGCCCUGCUCACAUCCCACGACGGAGACCCUCGCCUCUUGUCGGCGGAGAACAGGGCCCGCGUGGCCGCGCUCUACAUGCCGCUACUGAGCGUCGCCAUGGACGCCUGCCCGCUGCUGAGCCGCCCCGGGAACGCUAGCAGCGAUAUACUGCCGCUGGACAAUGACUUGGACUUCCUCGAUCAGUUCUACCCGACCGCGUCGCCGGAUGGAGAAAACAAGCCGCCUUCCCGAGCCCCAUUCAACAGCGAGACCUCCCGCAACCUGCUGCUCCUCGUCUGCUGGGUCCUCAAGUGGUCUUCAGACUCGGCGCUGGCGGCGUGCGUGGGCUCGCUGUCGCGCCGCCGGCUGCUCGCGCUGCUGCAGCUCGUGCACCGCUGCUUCGCGCACCACCAGUACAAGGGUCGCAAAGAAACGAUGCAGCGCACUCAGCAAACCGGCGGCGACAUCAAGGCGCGGCUCGAGGACGUCAUCCUGGGCCAGGGCUCCGCCAGGGAGGACUUCAUCAUGAGGAGGAAGGCGGGCACCCAGAUGUCCGGCAAGCGCGAGCGCUGGCGCAAGGAGUGCUGGGGCCGCCCGCCCCCCGCGCCGCCGCCGCCCCCCGCGCUCGCCCCCGCCCUCGCCGCUGAGGUCUCCAUGACGCUGCUGCAUACGAUUGAGAUUAUUGUUAAGACAUGCAGCGUGCUGGAGUGCGGGCAGGCGGUCGCCACGGCCGCGCUGCAGGUGCUGCUGGCCGCUCUGCAGCGCCCCCAGAGCGUCUCCGUGCUGCAGCACAUGCUGGCCACCGUCAGAUCACUCAUCAUUAAGCUGGGCGGCGCAUGCGGCGUAGAAGGGCGCGUGUGCCGCGUGGUCCUCGCCCACUGCGGCGCCGCGCACGCCGCCUCGCGCGCGCACGCCUCCGCCACGCUGUACACGCUCAUGCGCACGCACUACACGCUGCCGCAGAACUUCAGCGGCGUCAAGAUGCAGAUGACGAUGUCUCUCUCCUCCCUGGUCGGCACUCGGGACACGCUGAGCGAGCACUCUUUACGCCGCGCGCUCCGGACCAUGCUCACGUACGCCGAGCACGACCAGGACUUGGCUGGCACCAGCUUCCCGGAGCAGGUGAAAGACCUAGUGUUCAACCUGCACAUGAUCCUGUCGGACACGGUGAAGAUGAAGGAGUUCCAGCAGGACCCGGAGAUGCUGCUGGACCUGAUGCACCGCAUCGCGCGCGGCUACCAGCACAGCCCGGACCUGCGGCUUACGUGGCUCAGCAACAUGGCGCAGAAACACAUGGAGCGCUCCAACCACACGGAAGCCGGCAUGUGCCUGGUGCAAGCGGCCGCGCUGGCAGCGGAGGCGGCGGGCUGGUCGCGCGGCGCCGCGCUGCUGGAGCCGGUCACUCACAACGCGCUGCUCGAGGCCGUCACCGAGCCCGCCGCGCCGCCGCGCCUGCCUACAGAUCUGCAGGCAUUGCUAGAGCACGCGGCGAGUGAACUGAUGACGGCGGGCAUGUACGAGACCGUGAACGAGGUGUACAAGGUGCUCAUUCCGAUAGCGGAACAGAAUAGAGACUACAAGAAACUGGCCAAUAUACACGGCAAACUAACAGACGCGUUCACGCGCAUAGAGCAGCUGCACGGCAAGCGCGUGUUCGGCACGUACUUCCGCGUGGGGUUCUACGGAGCGCCCCUCGGAGACCUCGCCAACACCGAGUUUAUCUAUAAAGAACAUGCCUUGACGAAGCUGCCGGAGAUCUUUAGCAGACUCGAGAACUUCUACAGCCAGCGGUUCGGCGCGGACAACGUGGUGAUCAUCAAGGACUCGAACACUGUGGACGUAGCCGCCCUAGACCCGGACAAGGCCUACAUCCAGAUCACCUACGUGGAGCCCUACUUCGAGCCCUACGAGCUGAGGAAAAGGGUCACUACGUAUGAACGGAAUCAUAAUAUCAAGCGCUUCAUGUACUGCACCCCGUUCACGGCGGACGGGCGCGCGCACGGCGACAUCGCGGAGCAGUGCAAGCGCAAGACCGUGCUCACCACCGCGCAGCACUUCCCCUACGUCAAGACGCGCCUACAGGUUGUACAAAGAACGCAAAUCAUACUGACUCCCAUUGAAGUGGCGAUUGAAGACAUUCAAAAGAAGACGCAAGAGUUAGCGGCGGCGACUACGCAGGAACCUGCAGACGCCAAGAUGCUCCAAAUGGUGGUGCAGGGCUGCAUCGGCACCACCGUCAACCAGGGGCCGCUGGAACUCGCACAGGUGUUCCUGGCGCCGGUGGCAGAAGGCACACAGCCGCCCACGCGGCUCAGCAACAAGCUUCGCCUCGCCUUCAAGGACUUCUCAAAGAAAUGCCACGACGCUCUCAAGAAGAACAAGAACCUGAUCGGGUCGGACCAGCGCGAGUACCAGCGCGAGCUGGAGCGCAACCUGGCGCGCUUCACGGAGCGCCUCGCGCCGCUCGUGCAGCCCACGCCCGGACACGCCGCGCUGCUGUGCAAUGGACUCAACAAACCGGACUACAAGUUUCAAACAUAAACAAGAAGGAUGAUAUAUGAUGACUGAUGAGGAAGAACAUAUUGGAUAUGGGAGGUACAAAUGCAUUAAUAUUGAACACAUUAAUGCAAAAUCAAGCAAGUCAAGAAGUAGUGUCGAGCAUGCACUGUUUCUGUUAUUAUAAACAAUAUACUAGAUUUGGAUCCAGGUAGAAUUAAGGAUUCCUUAAAAAGCAAGAUACUCAUAGUUUCAGGUUAAGUACUACUUUAGAACUAAAAUGAUCCUCAUCGAGAAAAUUGGUUUCGGACGUAAAAUGACAUAAAAUACACUACAAAAAAAAAACAAAUUGGCUGAAGAUGAAAAGGAUUUUUUAUCAGAUCACUUUCGUUCUAAAGGUGUCAUGAAUGGUUAUGUAUUUACUUAUUUUAUAUUACUAACAAGACAUAAUUAAGCUUAUUUAGUUACUCGGAAGUUCUUAUCUCAGUUUUCAUAAUAUUUGAAAACAAAAUUUAUUAAAAUAUGUGCGUAUUGUGUUAAUUUCGUAAAUUUAUGUACUUUACACAUAGCGUAUUAUUUAAUGUGCUUAAAUAUUUUUAAAUGCACUUACAGACAAAACCAAGUUUAUUUAUUCACUUCAAUAUGUCUAGGCUAAGCUUUAAUUACUGUAUUAUUAAUCAAUGUCCAGUAUUUUAUAUUUAAACAAAAAAUAAAACCAAUGAUUUAUGACAAAAUGUAUUUAUUUUUUAAUAAUCUUAAGACAUACUAUAAGAUCACUCACGUCAUCAAAAUAAGUAAUUCUAAAUUAUGAAAUAUAAGUCUCCGUGCGUGUUCAUAUUGAACCUGCGUACGCGGUAGCAGACUGCUUCAUAAUCUAUUAUGAAAUUAUUAAUAAUCAUGUCAUAAUUUAUGAUUUAAUUUGAUAUUUCGUGAUCGCUGCCGCGCCCGCGAGUUCAAACUGACCGAUCGCUCUUAGAUUGAGGAAGUAUCCACGCCAAACAAAAUACAGUUCUAUUCCGAC